AUGAUAGUCGAACAUUUCAUCACACCGCCCCAAUGCGGCAUUCUUGCCGUCGAGCAAUUCCUGAGACUGCUACUCGGAUUUCGCUGCCCCGCUCCCGUCCUCUACACAGUGUCUGAGCCGGUGUCGAUUUUGGAGAGCUCACGUGCCGCAGACCAGAAUCGCCUCGAUACUCACCGCUUGCUACUCAUCUUCACACUUCGCGAAGCCCAGUCAUCUAUAGAAGGAAUCCAAAAGGUUAUUCAAAGUGCACUGUAUGCCGGCAUAACCAUCGUCUGCUCCCAAUCAUAUAUCCACACCAUGUCGAAGCCCAUUUUCCUGACGCGCCACGGCGAGAGUGAACUCAAUCUGCGUGGCCGAAUCGGCGGCGACGCUGAUCUCUCCGCGAGAGGCUGGGAGUACUCCAGAGCGUUGGCCGGGUUCAUGAAGGACCAAAAUAUACCGAAACUCAGAGUUUGGACUUCUGAGCUCAAGAGAACCAUCCAGACAGCAGGAGGCAUCGAUGCGUCUCAGAAGAGGUUUAAGGCAUUGAAUGAGAUCUAUGCGGGCAUAUGCGAGGAGAUGACCUACGAAGAAAUCGAGGAGAAAUUCCCGGUCGAGUUUGCUGCCCGGGAUCAGGAUAAAUUCCAUUACCGCUAUCCGCAAGGCGAAUCGUACGAGGACCUUGUCGCGAGACUCGAACCCGUCGUUACGGAGUUGAAGCGCCACGGGGAUGUCCUCGUGGUCGCUCACCAGGCUGUGCUCCGAUGCGUCCUCGGCUACUUCCUCCAGAAGAACGACGCGGAAUUGCCGUAUCUUAGGGUCCCACUUCAUGCGAUUCUGAAACUGACACCACUAGCCGGCGGCUGCGAGCUUCAGGUGUUCCAGCUCCCGAUUGAAGCAGUCGGAACUCAUCGAGGAUGA